AUGGCUGAACAAUUGAAUUUCGAAUUGGAUCUCAUUGUGCUGAACUGCACUUUGGCCACUGUUGAAGACGUUGUACAAUGUGACAUUAGCGUCAAAGACGAGAAGAUUCACUCAAUUGUCCCUCAAGGAACAUUGGCUAGCAUAAAGGCCAAAAAGAUCAUUGAUGCAAAGGGAGCUCUGGUUACGCCAGGAGGGAUAGAUGCCCAUGUUCACCUUCAGGAGCCGCCUCUCUUUGGACUCGGCUCCACUGCAGACAACUUUGAGUCUGGCACACGCGCCGCGAUUGCGGGAGGUACAACCACUAUCAUAGCCUUUGCACCUCAACGAAAGCAUGAAGAGAGCGUUCUUGCGACCCUAGCAAGCGCUCAUGAGCGGGCCCGUGACCAGUGCUACAGCGAUUACUCGUUCCAUCUCAUUAUCUCCAACCCUUGCGCAAACACGCUUGCGGAGUUUCCAGCCUUCCGAAAGUUGGGAAUAUCGUCAGUCAAAAUAUACAUGACCUACGAAGCUUUGCGCCUCAAUGACGAGCAAUUUUUGGAUGUCUUGUUUCAAUCCCGCCUACACAAGGUCACAACUAUGGUGCAUGCCGAGAACGACUCUGUGAUUACGUGGAUGACCAAGAAAUUACAUGAGCGCAACCUAUACGCACCAAGGUAUCAUACGGCUUCUCAUCCCGCCGUCGCCGAGAUUGAGGCAAGCUACCGUGCGAUCUGUCUUUCCGAGUUUAUUGAUACACCUAUCUUAAUUGUACAUGUCUCUAAUCCUCGAGCCGUCGAGAACAUUCGACAAGCCCAGGCUAAUGGGCUUCCAAUUUAUGCUGAAACAUGCCCUCAAUAUCUGUUCCUCAGCAGCGAAAACGUGGAUUUGCCUGGCCUUGACGGAGCGAAGUGUGUUUGCAGUCCACCGCUACGCAAUAGAUCCGACCACGAAGCUAUAUGGGCCGGUCUCGAGGACGGAACAUUUACCAUUCUCUCGUCGGACCACUCUCCGUUCAACUUCAACGACUCGACAUCUGGAAAAGGGUCCAGCGUGACUGCGGAACACCCGGAGGGGCAGUUCCACCUAGUUCCCAACGGAUUCUCUGGUGUCGAGACCCGAAUGUCACUGGUCCUUUCGGCUGAUCGACUUAAGAUACAAAGAUACGUGGAGCUGACAUCAACUAACCCGGCCAGAUUGUAUGGCAUGUACCCAAAGAAAGGCGCUCUUAUCCCGAUGGUCAGUGAUGCCGACUUUGUCAUCUGGUACCCAGCGGCGGGUCUUGAUAUGACCAUCACCAAUGAGAUUCUUCAUCACAACGUCGACUACACUCCUUUCGAGGGACAAAAAGUAAAGCAGUGGCCGCGCUACACUGUACUUCGUGGACAAGUGGUCUGGGACCGGGAAGACGGAGGCGUCCGGAUCCCCAACCCCGAGCUUCACCUGACAAACGUUGAGACCAUUCCGACCGUGAUGGAAAGCUCGGAUGUCUCAAGCUCGGAAGAGCAUACACCUAGCGAUACAGCAUAUCUACCUCACCUCGUCAUCCAGUUGAUCCAAUGCCAGCAAUGCUCCCGUCCUUUACGAAGUCCGCUUCGCCUACCAUGCGGCAAUGCAGUCUGUCGGGAAUGCUUACCCGCCUGUCGGCCGCGGAUAGGUAUUACUUACCCAGUAGCUGAAGGAAGGGACCAGGAAUUUACAUGUUUUUGGAAAGGAAACAAGGCGUGCGUUGGGGACCAUUGUGUUGGAGAUUGUGGCGCUGACGUGCUGCUUGGGAAACUGGUCGAUAUUUUUGGAGAAAUAUUGGGGAGAGAUGCAAACACCGUGCCUCAAGAUUGGUCUGAUGACGAUGGACUAUUACUGCGGUGGAAAACUGAUGGGCAAAACGAGAGCGGCAGUGGACAGUUGCAGCGACAUGGGUGGCUGAGGGGGAUCUAUAACCUGUCACUAGAAGGCCGGUUCCCGUCUGAUGCAUCCGAGGUCAUCUAUGGGGAUUCUCUACUCCCAGAUGGGAGUAUAGAAGAACAGGACCUCAUCCACUUCCAGACACUGCGAGACAGUCUCCGCGCCGAAUUAGACUGCCAAGUUUGCUAUGCACUCGUUCUGGAUCCGAUGACCACGCCCUGUGGCCAUACUUUCUGCCGAAAAUGUAUUGAGCGGGUCUUAGACCAUACCGAUCUGUGUCCCAUUUGUCGCCGAAAGCUAGAUAUGCCGAAUGCUCUACUGUCAGAGCCCAUAAAUCAGGCUGUGGCGCGACUGAUCGACUACUUUUAUCCCGACCAGAUUUCAGUCAGGCGGGAGAACAGCGCCCAGGAUGAGACAGGCCUGGAUUCCGAGAGAAACUUGCCACUUUUUGUGUGCACGCUAUCAUUCCCGACAAUGCCGACUUUCCUCCAUGUCUUCGAGCCUAGAUACCGACUUAUGAUUCGGCGGGCUCUCACAAGUGGAAACGGAAAGUUCGGCAUGGUCAUGUCCAACCGGGCAGGGCGGGUACAGAUAGGUCAAAUGCGUGACGCACCGUUUAUGCAAUACGGAACGCUCUUGAUGAUCGAGCGAUAUGAGUUGCUUCCGGAUGGUCGCAGUCUUGUGGUGGCUACCGGCGUGUCGCGGUUUAAGGUCGUCGACUCAGGAAUGCGGGAUGGCUAUUAUGUUGCCAAAACAGAGCGCGUAGAUGAUAUCUCGCUUGCAGAGGAGGAGCGGCUUGAGUCGGUGGAGACCUCUGCAAAUAGUGGAUAUGCUCUACCAGAAGGGAAUGAAUCUGGUCCUCCGUUAAACUCAAUGCCAACUCAACAGUUACUCCUCUCAGCAAGGGAAUUCAUCAGCAAUCAGCGCAGAUCGGGGGCUCCUUGGCUGCACCCGCGCGUUAUGCUAGCAUAUGGACCCAUUCCUACAGAUGCAGCCCGCUUCCCGUGGUGGUUUGCGAGCAUUUUGCCCAUCUCCGAAGAAGAGAAAUAUCCAAUACUUGCCGCGACAAGUGUUCGCGAGAGACUCAAAAUCUCGGUCUACUCGCACAUCACUCUUCUCUGUCUUAUGACUAUCCGUCCCUCUCCUCAUUUUCUGCAUUAUCCCUCUAUUAUUGAGGCCCUUGACGGGAGUCUUCACCUCGAUAUCGCCGAAUGUAUUUACAUCAUUGACGCCAUUCUCUUUCUCGGUCUCGGUCUCAUUUGGCGGCUCUGA